UAUUUUCCUUAGCUACACAGUUGCUGCGUGAGCGUUGGAAAAGCAGUUUGAAGCCCCUUCAUGCACGGAGUUCUCUCUACUGCCUCUGACAUUUUAGUGAUAUUGUUACGUACUUACUCAUUAAUAUUGUAUUCGUACAAAACUACGUUUGUGUGAUUUAUCUUCUUUACCUGAUGUUCAGAGUUUGACUCAUCAGAUCUGCAACCGCAUGCUUGAAGUGGUGCGAGAUACACGCUUGGAAAAUCCUCUGGCAAAGUAAAGUGGUUUGAAAACUGAGCUUUAGGGAACAGCCACGUUGAGGUGGAGAAGGAAACCAAGGGAAUAACCAUGUUGACAGGUAAAUCUCCGGCUGUCUGGGUCUGCUGUUACAACAUGUCCUCAGGCUUCUGAAGACCUCGCGAUCCUUCCUGCUCUCUAAGUAUCUCUCCUCUUCUAGACUAUUCUCCAAUGGGUUCCCGCAGUCAAGGCAGCUUUUUCCACCACCACCGCAGUUCGAUGGUGCCUACAGCUGUGCCCAGGCUGCUUCAGGAGAGCAGCAGUCUGCUUGGGGGCAUCGCCCAGAUCACCCCCACCCUCUUCCUGAGCCGCGGCAACGUGGCGUCUAACCGCAGCCUGCUGCUGUCCAAGGGCAUCACCUGCGUGGUCAACGCCACCAUAGAAUUGCCCAACUUCAACUGGCCCAACGUGGAGUAUGUGAAGGUCCCCCUGGCAGACAUGCCCCACUCGCCCCUCUCCCUGUACUUCGACAGUAUAGCCGAUAAGAUCCACAGUGUGGGGAGGAAGCGGGGGGCCGUGUUGGUGCACUGUGCCGCCGGGGUGAGCCGCUCAGCCUCCCUGUGCCUGGCCUACCUGAUGAAGUAUCACCGCGUGUCCCUGGCCGAGGCCCACGCCUGGGUCAAGGCCCGGCGGCCCGUCAUCCGCCCCAACGGGGGCUUCUGGCGUCAGCUCAUCGACUACGAGAGGAAGCUCUUCGGCAGAAACUCUGUGAAAAUGGUCCAGACGCCCUACGGCGUGAUACCUGACGUCUAUGAGCGGGAGCGCAGGAACCUGGCACCCUACUGGGGCCUUUAGAGGAUGGCUGGGCCCUCGCUAUGGGGGAGGCCCGGAGACUCUGAGGGGAGUGAGCAGGGUGGAUGGCAGACUCUUUUCCCCUCCAGUUCUCCAUGGAGGCCAGUUCAUGCAUGUUCCCCCAGCCAGAGAUGCAGAAUGCAGACGGUGCGUGUGAAUGUCUUUGUGACGUUUAAUUAAUAAAUGCUGGUGCCUUGGGAUGGAGUCGAAGUAGUCAGUAUACUGCAGACUGGAUACUGGAGUGAUGCUACACUGCACCGCAUCCAAGCCUAGUUCAGAGUCCUCAGGACCAAAGGGGUGACCGAACCACAACCAACGAAGACUGAACGGGGCUGCGACGCUCCUGAAUGUCUGCUGGCUCAACUCCCCCUGACUCAACAGAACUGGAGCAUUCUGGGCAGGUGUAGGCGGUGCUUGAGACUCAGCAAUUCUGACAGGCAGCGGUGUGACUCACUGAAGUCCUUUCCCGAUGUAGUGUCAUGUGAUGGUAUUGUGGCAGUAUUGCUGUUGUCUUAAAUGUGAGAACCAAGCAGCUGUUCUGAUCUUCAUUUAUGGUAGCAUUUAAAAUUCUUAACUGCACAGAAUAAUUUUUUUUAACAUUAAUGAGGCUCUUAAAAUCAAUAAAAUGUAAAGAUAUGGUGCACAAGUAAAGUGUUAGUUUACACACAUUUAAAGAAUUCUGAGGCUUAAUUUCUAAUGUAAAAUCCCUUAUUAUUGAGGGAUGAUUGUGCAGCUGUAAAAUAACUAAAUAUUUCUGAGGGGCCUGAGGGAUGUGGUAAAAUACCAAUGCACCGCAGCUAAGGACUGUUCUGAAGCACUACACCACGUCAAUUGACAGGAUACAGCACUUUGCCAUUCUGUAUCGGUCAUAUACCAAUAACCCAUGAAGUACCUUAUUGCUACUAUAAACUUCUAAUGUGAUUAUGGCAGUACACAAGAACUGUUGUCAUACCCUUGGCAAAUUUAAGCUAUAAGGCACUAGAGAAUGGCUAAGGGCUGUUCUUAGGCACAAUGCAAUGUGAACUGCAUUGAUACAACCCUUAGCCAUUACACAGUACACUGGCAAUAACACAAUGUUGAGUUUCUUUAUUGCGAUCAUGAACUGGUUACUAAUGCAAUUAGAACUGUUAAAAUUAAUUAAAAAAACACCUGUGAUAUACACUCACCUAAAGGAUUAUUAGGAACACCAUACUAAUAAUGUGUU